GAUAGAUCUGAUCUUAGCCUCUUCGGAUCAGGUCUCCUGCCGCAGGGCCGCGCCGCGCGCGCGCUCGCCGGGGGUCCGAUGCCCGGGGUGGCCGGCAAGCAGGGGCCCCGCGACGCUGAAGAGGCGUCUUGCGGCGCCCUCUUGGCGUUCUCUUCGGGGACCCGCCUGCUUCGGGCUGCUGAAGGCCUCCUUCGAGCCGAGGUGGUCGCGCUGCGGCCCCCCUCGCAGGCGCCGCCCACGCCUGCGCCCGACGCUGCCCAGCCUGCGGGCCGCCCUCGGCGGCGCCGACGGCGGCGUGGGACGAACCGAGGGCGCGAUGGAGGGCGAGGUGGAGACGGCCGCUGUUGGAGCGGGGCUGGAGCAGGCUGCUUCGGCCCCUUCGGUGCUGGCGCGCGCGGGCGGGGGCUCGCAGGACCUGGGCCGCGCGGCCCCGUCCUCGCCCCUGGCUGGCGACAGCUGGGCCGACGAGCUCCCAGUGCGGCGAACGGGGGUGGCCACGAGCAGCGGCGGCGCGGGGGCGGGAGGCGUGCGAGCGGGCCUGGUGCUCGCGCCGCCGCCUACUGCCGCUGCGGCGGCCGCUGACGACGACGAGGGCAUGGACGCGCUGGAGCGCCCGAGGACCGCCGAGGCCCCUGCUCAGCGCGCCAGGCCGCCCCCCCAGCCCAGCGCGGCAGCUGCCGCCCAUGCCCCCCUUGCAGGGGGCAUGGGGGUGCGGAUCCGCACGGGCCCCAGGGCGGGGAUCGAGGGGAAGGUCGUCCUGCUGGAGGCUCUCAGCGGGCGCGUCUCUCCCUUGGCCCUUCUUGACGGCACGAACGUGUAUUGGACGCACGAGCCCGACGACCUGGAGCCCCUGGACCCGCUCGGCUGACGGCGCCGUGGGCGGACCGCCAAGUCGGCGUCAGGCCCCCGAGGGGGGGGCAGGGGGGGCAAGUCGGCGCGAGGCGAGAGUUCUAGGGAGCAGGCCGCUUUGCGGCAGGCGGGGCGCUGCUGGCUGCGGCGGGGCUGUCCCCGCCCUCGGCCUGGCGCGGAGCGCUCGGCCUCGCGGCGGGCUUCGGCGCCUCGCCGUUCUUCGCCUUCCGUGUCGUGCGCUGAGGGUACAUCACGGUCGGGGGCUUGCUCUGUGGGGCGGCCCCCGCGGACGGGCGGGCUGGGGCUCGCCGUCCUGUGGCGCGGGCUGGCGGCGCGAGGCUGCCGCGCCCCCGCGGGCCGACGUUGUGGGUCAGCGGCCGAGCAUCGACUCGCCCGGUGGCGCGCCGAGGGUGGUGCGAGAGAGAUAGAUCUGAUCGUGGAGGGCAGGGGGCAGAUGGCACCACAUUUGCCACCCGUGAGUCACACCCACCGCGUGGGCGACAAAAGAUGUUGGUUCAUUCCAGGUGUGAUGGUGUCAUCGCUCGUGGUUGAAUGACCCGCAGAAUGCUCGAAUACGGAUUGUAGCCAGGACGCUUACAGUGAGUCACCGUUGCCCUUGCCUUUUGGGAAGCGCCUGUGCGGUGGAAGGUCCAACGAAAGCGCGGCCACGCUAGCGGAUUGAGCGUUCCCCCAGCUGUUUGG